UGUCAGUAGGGCAGCGAGCUCACAUGCCAUGCGCACAUGCUGGAGAGCUUUACCCAGCAUUCCAAUGUCGGACGAGCGCGGCUCUUAGCCAAUGAGAGCCCGAGGACGAGUGAAGCAGGGGAGGGGAGGGCUGGAGAGAGAAAGAGAGAGAGACGCGGUUGACGGGACUACAAAAAGAGAACAGGAAAAAAAAAAUGGUCACAUUUCACUGAGGCACCUGAAAACGUGCUGGUUAUUUUAGGACUCGUGUUGCUUAUUGAUGAGAGGGGAGUGUUUGAACUACUCCGGUCAUGUUUUGAUGGUGACUGUACACGGCAGCUGAACGCGUUAGAGGAGCCCUUCAGUGACACCGGCGCAUCAUAGGUGUGCAGACCGGAGAGCCGAGCUGUCAUUCGCACUCUCUUCACCUUGGAGAUUAUUCGCAGCAACCUACUGACCUGCUUCAAUUCCCCAUUCAAAGUAUUUUAAUUUUGCUGUUGGUCUGAGCUUCCGGAUACACACUCUUGAGGUCCUUGGCUCUUUUCGCCGAUAUCAAAGAGACUCACCGGUGUGGAGCGAAGGCAUCGGACGCGCGCGAUAACAACUGAACAGCGUCAACCUACCGGAAACCAUGGAGCACAGUCCUGGUGGCGGUGUCAUCUUGUACGCCGGCUCGUCCGGCAGCGCCAGCCCGAGUCCUGGCAGCCCCUCAAGUGGAUACCAGACCCAGUCGCCCUCCUCCCACUCGCAGCCCUCGUCCCCGGAGGGUGUCUCCUUUCAGGAGAUCGGGCCCCUGAAGCAGAGAGGGGAGCGCAGGGGGGGGACGCCUUCCCCGAAGUUGGUCUUCCAGUUCCCCGACGCAAGCCACGCUGCCGCCACGGCCCAGAUAACGACGGCGUCGGCCGCAACCUUCAGCCACCCCACAGUGGCCAAAAGGCCUUGUGGUUUCACAGGCACGUUCACCAAAACCGGAGGGAUGGUGCUCCUGUGUAAGGUGUGCGGCGACAUCGCCUCCGGGUUCCAUUACGGCGUGCACGCCUGUGAGGGCUGCAAGGGUUUCUUCCGACGCAGCAUUCAGCAGAACAUCCACUACAAGAUGUGUGUGAAGAACGAAAACUGUCUCAUCAUGCGCAUGAACAGAAACCGGUGCCAGCACUGCCGCUUCAAGAAGUGCCUCUCCGUGGGCAUGUCCAGAGAUGCUGUGCGUUUCGGGCGUAUCCCCAAGCGGGAGAAGCAGAGACUGCUGGAUGAGAUGCAGAGUUACAUGAACAGUCUCAACGAAUCCUCUUCCAUGGACAUGGAGGUGUCGCCUCCGACCGACGCCCCCUGCAGUCCACACAACCAGACGAGCGACGGGGGGGUCCCCGCGUCGCAGUCCUACCACGGCGGCUUACUGGGCAGAGACGAGAAACCGCCCAAGAUGGCCGUCGGCAGCGCCUGCUUCCACGCCGCCUCGGCGCAGCAGCCGUCGCUGGCGCACUCGUCGACGCAGACCCACCACACGGCCCUCGGGGAGCAGGCCGUCUACCGCGUGCCCGCCGGCUGCCCCGUUUCCGCCGGCAACAGUGACAACGCCGCCGCGGUCGACGGCGCCAAGUACACCCUGUCCAAUCAGAACCGGUGCCCCGUCAGCGGCCGCCUGUCCUCCCAGGCCUACUCGGCCAAUCACGGCAGCUACUCGGCCAGCGACUCCCGCAGCCAGAGUCCCUGCCCCUGGAAGCUCAACGGAGGAGCCAAAGUGCUGGCGUGUCCGCUCAACUCGUGUCCCGUGGCUCCGGCCAGUCGCUCCAGUCAGGAGGUGUGGGAGUCUUUCUCCCAGUGCUUCACCCCCGCUGUUAAAGAAGUGGUGGAGUUUGCAAAGAGCAUCCCGGGCUUCCAGUCCCUCAGCCAGCAUGAUCAGGUCAUGCUGCUCAAAUCUGGCACUUUCCAGGUUCUGAUGGUGAGAUUCUGCUCACUGUUUGACCCCAAGGAGAGGACGGUGACCUUCCUCAAUGGGCAGACGUACUCACUGGCAUCCCUACGGGCCCUUGGCAUGGGUGCCUUACUCGACGCCAUGUUUGAAUUCAGCGAGAAGCUGGGGUCUUUGUGUCUGGAGCCAGACGAAAUGGCUCUUUUCAUGGCGGUCGUGCUGGUUUCUGCCGAUCGCUCGGGCAUCGUGGAGGUGGCGGCAGUGGAGCAACUGCAGGAGAAUCUAAUAAAAGCGCUGCGCUCCCUCACCACCAGUCGCCGCCCGGACGACAGCACCCUCUUCCCGAAGCUGCUGCUCCGCCUGCCGGACCUGCGCACCCUGAACAACCACCACUCUGACAAGCUGCUCGCUUUCCGCAUAGACCCUUGAGCUCAAAGAGCCCAACGCUUCCGUAGUUAUUUGCUUUGGGGAGCCUCCCUGCUUCCCAUGGCACCCCCGGCCUGCCACAUACAGUCCACUGGCCUCUGCAUGAGGGCCAGCUGUUGUUGGAGCUUCAAGUCUGAUGCCAUAAGAGGGUGAACUUAAAAAAAAUCUUUUAAAAAAAGUAGGUAAGGGGGAGGCCACUGGACAUUUAAGUCUUCCUCCAGUUCCAGGAUCUCUAAAACAAACUUAAAACAUUAAAACACAAACCAUGUUCUUCCUUGGGUGCUUCGUGUCCAACAUCCAACCAACAAGUCAUCACCUCUCCCAUCGGGGAGUUAGUGCUGAAGACCAAAAAGAGGCCAGAGCCCGUUGUCCCUCACGAGACUUUGUACUCACGUCCCGGCACACAAAGAGGGAAGCGCACACUGUCGCCCAGAGAGAAAGGAACCAUGUACAAACCAUCCCCAACAAUCAUUUCUUACUGUACAUUUGUGCUGCAAACAUGGUGUAAAGGGCACUUUCCAUGCAUUAUCUAGUCCUUCUAAAUCAAUAUAUUACAUAGCAAUAGAAAUGUCGAACACACAGUUGGGAGGGCGGUUUGUUGGUGCCCUGUUGAAAUGACAUAAGCUAUUUUCACUCACUCACUCUAUCUGUGUGAAAAACACCCAUUUGUGAUUUAGAAAUGUAUAACAUUUUUAAGAAAUGAGUAAAUGCAUUGUAUUUGUAUGCGUUAAUCAGGGAGAAAUUAUCGGUCAUUUCAGACCGUGCCUGAUGGGAUAUAUGCUAAGGUGUUUCCUUGUAAAUUUUGUAUAUAACCUUUAUUCUUGGUCUUUGUUAGUUUGCAGAUUAUUGGAUAUGUAAAUGAAGCUUGUAUUGAUUUAUUGUAUGUAUAUCACCCAUAAUAGAUUGAUCUACAGACUGCAAAGAGAAAUUAGCAUUUCAACCAACCAGAGUAUAAACUUUUUAUUUGAAGAUAUAUAAAUGAAAUAAAUGUAUUGUCAACUGA